AAUUUGAGCGUUUAUACCGCAGCUAAACUAUCAACUUGUCGACCCGCAGCACGCAUAUAAAACGUCUAAUUCUGAUAAACGCGGAGGGCAAGCAAUAAAAGACCAGUCCGGUGUUUUAUUUCGAGAAUUCAACGCUAACGCGAGAUAGUUGCUAGCAGCCGCGAAGCAGUUUAUUAAAGGUUUCCACUCAGUGUUUUAAGUUUAACACUUUCGCUACUGGUUUGGGUUUGUUUUAAAUGUACGUUUUGGGCCACGAACAUGUCACGAAUUCACAAAUUCACAAUAAAUUUGUGCCACGGGCUGUCUUAAAAUGUAAGCUAGCUGUUGUGUUGGUAGAUAAAAUGAUAAAGCGUGUCGUUUGAAGGUUUUUAACUGCAGCGAAUGACGCGUCUCACCGUAAUUGACUACAUUAGUCUUGUCUGAAUGUCACUUAACAUUUGACUCAUUAAAUUCAAUUAAAAUGAGAACCAUAUGAGCUAAUGGAAAUGCUAUGUAAUCUGUUCCACGUUAUUGACGUUAUUGUGGAGUCAAAUGUGCGACACUUUGGACACCUUCGUGGCAAGAAAUGUAUCGCACACACAAAACCACUUUAAAUCAUAUAUAUAUAUAUAUAUAUAUAUAGUUAACAGAAUAGAAUCAUACAUUUUAUAAGUGUAAAGAAAUAUUGUGAUUUUUAUCCCCGUUGGAGAUUUUUGUCCAGAGGUAUGUGUUCCCAAGUUGAAAAUAUUUCGCUGAGGUGCCACUUGAAGAGAGGCGGGUAUCGCCCAGUCUUAAUACACACUCACACAAGCUCGUGAAAAAGUAAACAUUGGUUAAUUGAGUUAAUACACUAGAUUCUCACUGUGUUUCUCUCAUAAGAUAUUUAUUUUUUGUCAAUUUUACAUCGGUUAAUAUGACCCGAAUAAAUACAUAGCCUCGAUGAGGGCCUAUAAAUUUGCACACAGCACAACCGAUGGCACAAUUACACAAUCUAAACUCUUCCUUGUGGCACUUAUGAGUGUUUUUUCCCCCGCCCCUUCCAUUGAGCAAGUAUUCAUUAUCAGUUGUUCCAGUACAAUUUGUCCUUCUUUCCAAAUCGACAUUUUGACACCUCGUACGUUUUUGGAUUUGUCUUGGAAUGAGCUGAUCGAGAGACGAACAAUGGAGACAACGUGGGUAGUGAAGUGCUCACAGCGGCGAUGCUGGCAGCAUUGAGGCGAACUCUCCCCCCUCCCUACUACCUCCGCGUGGCAUUCCCUUCGUACGUCGCGCGCUUCGAAAGAAGUCCGAUUGCUCAUUUUCACAGAAGUAGAGCCAAAGCCAGUACCGAGCCAGAAAAACGCGCUCCAGCGUUGGGGUCCGUGUUUGCCGUGGACCUGUUUGGGAUAGGCAUGUGGUCUCUGGGUCUUGGGGCCGUGGGAGCUGCCCUUGCUGGCAUCUUCUUGGUCAACUCCAAUCUGACUCUUCCCAAACUAGGCAAGGCCACGCUGGAAUAUCUCGCCGAUGCUGACCUGCUCUCCACUGUUGACGAUGGCAAGGUCAUCAAAGCAAAGAGUCUGUGGGAAAAGAACGGCGCCGUCAUCAUGGCCGUGCGGAGGCCCGGGUGAUUUUUGUGCAGAGAGGAGGCUUCCGAGCUGUCCUCUCUGAAGCCCCAGCUGGAAGAGCUCGGGGUCCCUCUGGUGGCCGUGGUGAAGGAGCGCGUCGGCACAGAGAUCCAGGACUUCAGACCGCACUUCGCCGGGGAAAUUUACAUCGACCAAAAGAAACAUUUCUACGGGGCAAAAAUGGGUGCGAUGGGGCUGUUGCGCUUCAGCGUGCUGCAGAACUUCAUGCGGGCCUGGAGGUCCGGCUACCAGGGCAACAUGUUGGGCGAGGGCUUCAUCCUGGGGGGCGUCUUUGUCAUCGGUGCGGGAGAACAGGGGGUCCUACUGGAGCACCGCGAGAAGGAGUUCGGCAACAAAGUGGAAGUGGCGGAUGUUCUCCGAGCCGCCAAGAAAAUUCUACCUCGCAAAUAAGUUUUUAUUAGAGCACUGAAUAUAAAAUGGUAAAACUAGAAAGUACUUAUUGCAAAUACACUAUGUCCAGUAUGGACAUCUCGGCCAGUUUACAGUAGGCAACCUCUAUUGUGAGACAAAAAGCUGUGAAAUGUUCAAGUGACUCAAUUGGUGAAAUGAUAACCUUUGUGGGCACUUUAAAAGCUAGACGGGUAUGGAAACACGCUGAUUUGAACACUAGAUUUUGCAGUUCAAUUAUAUGAACUUCCGAUUGCCAAUAGUUUGUCUCCCACGCCGACACUCCGGCUGGCCUCAAUCAUAACUGACAUAUGUGCCGUUAUGCGGUUAUGUGUGUAACAAUGAUGACUUGUCUCUAUAAACUCAGCAACGAGAGGAGCAAGUUUGAUGCUCAAACGCGCAUUCCUCAGACACCGCUGCAAUCAUUAUUCUGAGGCCUUCUGCAGUGUGGGUGUGUGAGACAAAUCAUGUACGUGUGGCUAAAAAACAGCAAUAAAUGGACAACUACAGUACAACACUCAUUGACUGUUUGACUUUGUUAUAUUUAAACCUUACCGUAAUGACAGCCAAAAGUUAAUGAUUGGUUUUGGAAUUAUCUGUCCAUGGUUGUAGUUUGCUGUGGUGUACAACAGCACUGCAUCAGGAGAGCUAUUUUGAAUAUUUUGACUCCAUGUGGGUUAAGGUAACCAUAUAAGAUUUAUUUAUUUAUUUUUUUAUUUUUUUAAAUAUAUAUAAAAUCAAUUUGGUGACUGACUAAAGUCAUGCCUUAAUGUGCAGGAAAAACCCUGUAUACACGGUAUCCAAUGGACAUAAUUGGAUGUCAGUCACAUCUUUUAUUCUCGUACUGAGUAAAAUACACGUCCAAGUAAUUUAUAUAUGCCAACACAAUACAAAAAAACAAAAAGCGAGUACACCGCACCAAUGCUGACAGCACUACAUGACUGUGAAAACAUAUUCAUAGUGUGACAUGGAUUGUCUUAACAUUUGUGCCUUCAGUACACAUCUUAAUUUGUGCCAUUCCAAUGUGCUUGAUUGGGACAUCACGAGAACGCAUCAAAUACACACACACACACACACACACACAAUGAGAUGUAAUGUAGCUCUUUAAAAUACUCUUUUUAUGCAUAAUGACAUGGUGCAAAACCACUUAAAAUAAAGCUUGUGGGAAAAACGCAUUUCUUUUCGUCAUAAACUUGUCCCUCUUUGGUUACAUUGUAACAGUAAUAUGUAUCAGUACUGUACAAAAACCUUCCAGUGUCGCUCGGGGGAGACUAAUGACGAAAUCAGCAGUUCAUAACGAGCACACUCGGCAAGUACAAUCUUUAGUAUUUAACUUUGCAGCAUGAUUCUAAACAUUAAUAUGGUUCCUUGACUUUGUGUAGUCUUUACAUGGGAGCGACAAAUGCUUUGACAGGUUGAAAUGAAGGUUAUGAUUCCUGUAGGUGAGGUAUAAUGAGAUGAACUAUUAUAUACAAUAAAAGGACAUUUGAAUGAAACCUUUCAAGAAUUCAACAGUUGAAAUAAAUGACACGGCUGGAAUUUGGACUCGUAUCAGUGUGAAAUAAACUACUGCACAAACCAUCAAAAUGUGCUGUAUGAAUAGUGGACUCUCGGUAACCCGGAAUAAAGACGAGAUGCUUGAUAAGAUGCGUGGCAGCUGGUGCAUUCAGGGACACCGGCACAUCUUAGUUUAAAUGAACAAACAGCCAUCCCUCUACCGUAUACAUUUAUAUUGUUUCCAAUCCAACAACAGUACUUUAUUUCAGCAGGGAAUGACAAUGGGCAUUUAAUAACUACAGUGAGGUAGAGAUUUUUGGACCAAUUAUCUGGUAUUUUGUGUGAAAGUGGAAUUUCACAUCACAUCAGAGAUGUCUGCGCCACAUAACCCAACGGCGUGGCCACAAUUCAUCCGUGAGAUUGUUUUAAAGCAAAGUCGUGAAAAAGGAAAGUCUGGACACUUGAGUGACCGCACUGCGCUGUCAUUGGCUACAGCCAUGUCACAUGAUUUAUGGAUGCCAGGUUACCAGUCUUCUCCAUUUCCACCAUCUUUAUGCUAUUAGGCCUUGGUCUAAUUUUAGCAAACUAGUUUGUGGGCUGUAGGCUUUUCCACUUGUCCCGUACAAGGCGUCCGGUUGCAUUGUUUCUUGUCUGAAUCAUAUCCUAUUUCUCUUAUUAUUCAUUAGGUUUCCCAUGACGAUAAUCUCAAAUUAACAUAUAUAUAUAUAUAUAUAUAUUGUCCGUUUGCUGUGGAAAAUAUGCCUUAAGUGAGCGACGCAGCUGAAUUCGACUGCACUAUUGCGUUGUGUACGGGAUUCGGCAACUACUUUUGACGAGUGGCCGCCGGUAGGUUGUGGUUUUGAAUCGUCGGUACGUGGCUUUGCUACAUCGCAGUCAACUCGUUCGCUCGAAUGAUAGCGUCUAUUCGCGGUGCGGCCACUAUUUGAGGAAUUAUUGUGUAUGUAUCUAUAUAAAGUAUAUAUUAUUAAUAAAAACCCUGUUAUGGCCAACACUGCAAAAACACCACACAAACACUAAAAGCAUUUUUCCUAACUGCAUUCCCAUCAUAGCAUUUACAUUAAUAUAGAAUAUUCCAUUUUAUAAUCCUGUUUACAUGUUCCACACCUACAUAUAUAAUGUCCAACAUAGAAUAACUAGUCUUUGCACCAUCAAGUAUGUUAGAACUUUAAAAUAAUGACACAUAAAGAGGAAAGCUUGUCCAACAAAAUGUCUGCUUGUUUCAUGACUGUAUUGCUUAGUCGUUUGAAACAUGGCAGGGUGUGGUCGGGGUACAAUGACAACUUUAGGUCUGCGUGUCACUCUCGGACUCACUUUUCUCGCGGUUAACUUUGGCCAACAUUAGCACUAAGCUGUUUGUAAGUGUGUGUUCGAAUCCGCUGUGUAACAGUAGCAUAGUAGUUGGACUACGUACACUCAGUAGCUCAUUACCUGUAAUACAAAGGGAUUUAAGUACACUUAAAGCAGGGGUGGGGACCCAUGUUAAAGUUUGUACGGAGUCCUCAAAGGGCCAUAGUUGUCGGGGGGGAAUGCUAAUUUUAUUACAAGCAUUCAUAUGACAGUGUUCCCUUAUUUUACUUCAAUGAAAAAGAGAGGUUUACUUUGAUAUUCUAAUUUUGUGAUUGAGAACUUUGGGUUUUGUUAGCUUUAAGAUACGAUUAUUAAAAUCAGGAAUCAUUUUGCUCUGAAGUAAAAAAAUAAAUAAAUAAAUCAAAGUUUCAGUUCUUGAAUUGAACUACUGAAAUACAUUUUUCCACUCUGCUGGUGUAUUUUUAUCAGCAUUUUGGUUUUAUAAUUUCAUAGUGGGCCGAAUCAAGUGCUCUAUAGUAUGGCCCACGAACUGUAGGUUGCCCACCCCUGGCUUAAAGGAAAGGUGCACCACUUUAACACUGAGGCCGACAGCAAAAACAGGGGUUGUCAUUUUGAAAUAAAUCCAACAAUAGUACCAGUGUAGAAGUACAAUAGGACAGGGAUCUUACAUUCAAGUUCAUAGCUAAAUACAUCAGUAACGUUACUUUUACACACAAACGUCUUUCCUCAGUGUGUUUGA